AUGAUAGCUGAUAGUUUCAAGCAAGAAGUUUACAUCAGUAACCCAAGCGGCUUUACUUUAAAUCGUGCACCAAACUUAAGGAAGGAAAAUAAUUCCAUGUUUGAUGUUAUCAUGGCUGUUAUUUCCAUCCGGCACCUCCAAGGUCGUUGUCUGCGGCUAGAGAGCUGGCGGAAGGCGUUGGUGUGGCAGAAGAGAUAUUUGCAAAGAGUGGUGACUGGUUUCCAGGAGAUCGAGAGAAGUCUGACACCGGCCGGUCACAUUAAUACCCCACAACUUUCGGGAAAGAGACGAUUUAGGUGCAUAGUGCGCGUCGUAGUGACAGUGAUACGUAUGCAAUACCUCGUACGUAGACGUCACCACGUGCGAUCGGUGGCCGCCGCGUGCUUACUUCGGGACGUUCACGACGCACCUACACCGAUACAAACGCACACUCCCACUCACGCACACACGUACAGCACGCCCCUGUCCAAGACGCUCACGAGGGCGCGUGCGCUCAACUUGGGGACGCCCAUACGGGCCAGUCCGCUCGCGGCGGGAUUGGUCAGACACGAUUUUAUGGACUUGCCGCGAGAAUAUGAAGAGAACGAUCGCCGCUCUGGAUUCAACUCGCCUCGGGACGCGAGGUUCAUUCUCAGCUCUCCUCGAGGCGAAGCGGCGUCGGCGUACUCGAACAGAUUGGAUGCCGUCGGCAGGUGUUUGGGCCGGACCGCGGACAAGGACGUGCCUUGA